ACAGUGGAAGCUUGCAAUAGUCUCUGUGUGUAUGAAUUCUUUUUCUCUAGAGUGGACGCACAAGUUCUUAUCACCCUCAGGGAAGUGUCAUUAAAUUGCUGAAAUGGUGUUAGAAGAAAACAAACGUGGCUGAUCUUGCGGCACAUCUGCCUUUUCUUCAUGUUUUCCAGUUUGUAUAAAAAGCUUCAGAAAAGAAUGUUUACACUGCAUGUGUAUAUAUAUAUGUGAUUUGACAAUCCAAACUACACACAGCCACCCACUUCUGAAUAGGGGAAAGAAAAAAAAAAAAACAGAAGCCUGCAAUUGUGUAACAUGUAAAUCUCUUCUGGACGGGAUCCCAUCACUGUGGUUUGGCAACACAAACAGCACAACAUCUCUUUUCUCAUCUCUUGAAAAAAAAGCCCAACAGAGAAAAAAAUACCUUGAGAAUAAAGGUAAUGAUUAAUCUAUCAGGCACAAAAAGGAUCGUUUUGGGGAUUUCAGGUUCUAACUCGCUAAUUCAAAUAAACAGCAGUGAACAAGGAAUGACAAUUUUACCAGAGGAGGAUUAAGUCACAGGCUGUAAUUGGGACACUGUUUGUACAGUCAGAGAAUCUCACCAGACAUCUCCAGGAAUCUCUGAGCCGUUGUCAAAACUCCCAUUUUCACGUGCCAGUGAAGUAGGGACCAGAAGAAACGAGCGCUGGUGGGAAGAGUGGUCUUUAGAGAAGCCCCAAGAUGAAGCCUGAGAAGGGACCCAAGAGGAAAAGCUUCAAGCAGAGACUGGUCUUGAAGAGCAGCUUAGCCAAAGAAACGCUCUCCGAGUUCCUGGGGACAUUCAUAAUGAUUGUCCUUGGAUGUGGCUCUGUGGCACAAGCUAUCCUCAGUCGAGGACUUUUUGGAGGAGUCGUCACUGUAAAUGUUGGAUUUGCAAUGGCAGUCGUAAUGGCUAUUUAUGUGACUGGAGGUGUCUCUGGUGGCCACAUCAACCCAGCUGUGUCUUUUGCAAUGUGUCUCUUUGGGCGGAUGAAAUGGUUCAAAUUGCCUUUUUAUGUGGGAGCCCAGUUCUUGGGAGCCUUUGCAGGAGCUGCAACCCUCUUUGGCAUUUACUAUGAUGGACUUAUGUCCUUUGCUGGUGGAAAAUUGCUCAUCGUGGGAGAAAAUGCAACAGCACAGAUUUUUGCAACAUACCCAGCUCCAUAUCUGUCUCUGGCGAAUGCAUUUGCAGACCAAGUAGUGUCCACCAUGUUCCUCCUCAUGAUUGUCUUUGCCAUUUUUGACUCCAGAAACUUGGGAGUCCCCAAAGGCCUCGAGCCCGUUGUUAUUGGCCUCCUGAUUAUUGUCAUUUCUUCCUCUCUGGGACUGAACAGUGGCUGUGCCAUGAACCCAGCUCGAGACCUGAGCCCCAGACUGUUCACUGCUUUGGCAGGAUGGGGUUUUGGGGUCUUCACAGCUGGAAAUAACUUCUGGUGGAUUCCUGUAGUGGGCCCUUUGGUUGGUGCUGUCAUCGGGGGCCUCAUCUAUGUUCUUGUCAUUGAAAUCCACCACUCAGAUCCGGACCCAGACUUCGAGGGAGAACAGUUUGAGGACAAACCAGAUAAAUAUGAACUUAGUGUGGUAAUGUAGUAGCAGACUCAAUUCUGGGUUUGCAGCUGGCGGAGCUGGUGUUUUCUUCAGAAAAGAUGGCAUUAGGUGUCCAUGUUUUCAUAAGCCUGGGGUGGAAUCCACUCAGUUUUCUUUGCUGGCCAUAUGGGACCUUAACAGGAAAAGCAUCUGAGUGAAGGGGUGAAAACAUUGACCUUUUCUCUACCAGUUUUCCCCCAGAAUAGUACUAACUAUCCCCCAAAAAUAGCUUUUUCCUUGCCCUGUUUAUUUAAUCCUUUGAUCGGAAUCCUUAUUAUUGGGUUAGUACUAAUAACUUGAAACCUUGACCAUGAACUUAACUUAGAUAGUCUCAGCUGCAUUGCCCUUAUGAAACAAUGUCACCAAAAGUCAUGUUUUCAUUAUCCAUAAAGAUUAUGUUAUAUACCAAUCAAAACUAAAUUGAAAGACAAAACAGUGGUUUCAGUUAAUUUAUCUAUGAAUUAGGGAGCUAUUGGGCUCUCUGAUAAUGCUGUGCCUCUGUAUUUGUAUAAAUGCUGAACGUCUCCAAAUCCAUUGAUGCAGGAACAGGAAUGGUAGAAUGCAGCUGGAGGGCACAGAAAAAGGAUAUUGUGGCAUUUAUAAACCUCAGGAGACAAGAUAAAUUUGGGAAACCAAAUGGAAAUGUUUUAAUGGAAACCAUUUAUCAGAUUAAUCUCUUGCUCUUUCUUUGCAUGUUGGAGGGUAGCAAUUAAUUUCCUGGUCUUUAGUAUAUAAUAACCUAAAAUACAACGUCACCUUCAGUCAUGAAAAAUACAUUACUCUGUUCUUUUAGCUCAAAUAUGUUUUCCUAAUUGCCCACUUGAGGAUUGACAUUUGAUAAGUGAAGUCAAUGACUGUACUCAUCCAUCAUAUUAAACAUGCCCUAGAAGCCGAAACUGAAAACCAUGGGAGCCUGGUCUAGUAGAACUUCAAGAUGGAAGUCCCUGGAAAGACUUACAAUUCACAAAGUCCUUUCAAGUAUAUUAUCUAAUUUAUUCCUCAUAGUGACUGUCAGGUAAAUGCAAUGCUGCCCAUUUUUUUGAUAAGGAAACAAAUCUCAGGGAAGUUAAAUGAGUUGCCUGAUGUCGCAUAGGAAGUUUAAUAUCAUCUAAGGCAUCCUCCAUCUGUCAGAAGAUCAAUAACUGACUGAGAACCUUGGCUGAUCCCUCCUGGCUGGACACAAGUAGGACUGGAAGCUGCCAGAACAUAUACAACUUAUGGACAUAAUUCUCCUGGAUCCUGAGAUACAAGUGCCUUCCUUGUCUAGACUUUGUCAUUACUAGUACUGAAGUACUAACAAAGAAAAUAGGUGGUGAUUUGGACAUAUUUUUCAUUAUCGGAAACAUUACCAGAAGGCCUCCCUUCUUUGCCCAUCCUUGGUCUUAAGCCUUGAUCUUUCUCCCGGCCAUUGCCAAACAUUACAUUCAGGGAAUUUCCUCUUGGUUAGUUCUUCCCCGUGAAGUUCUCUAAUUGAUGUUACUUUGGUCAAAAGCAUCUCUGUGAUACCUCCGAGAAUUUGCUCUCCAUGAAGUGAUAUCUCUUCAGCCAAACUGUUUCCCAAUUGCUUUGUGAUGAUAACAGAACAACAAAAAGCAAAUGUGAACUGUCUCCAGUGACUUGUGUUCAAUAAUAUAACCACAUAUGGAAUUUUUUUUCUUGCUCUGAA